AUAGGCGGAGCUCCACCGAGCCAUACCCUAGUCCCUCGCCGGCGUUUUACUUCCACGCUGAUCGGAGAAAGGCUUCUCUCUCUCUCUCUCUUUCUCUCCAUUACAUGAGGAAGACGAGGCGUGGAUCGGCCGACGCCGACUGCAGCGGAGAUGAUCUCCGACAUUGCCAGAACAGAGUCCGCGAGCUCGAACUGGAAAAUGAAUCCUAUCAGAAGGAGAUUGAAGAGCUUAGGUAUAAGCUUGCAAAUUCUUCAUCCACUCCUACUGAUAGUUCCCAGAAGCUCAAAGAAGAGUAUCUUCAAAAGCUGACUGUCCUUGAAGACCAGGUUGCGGAUUUGAAGAAUAAGCUUGAAAUUAAGUCUCAAUUCUCCGUGCAAAGACCCAGAGGUGAUGAAGCAACAAAACAGUUGCAAUAUGAGAUUCAGAGUUUGAAGACUCAAAAGGUUCAACUGCAAUGUAAGCUGAAGAUGGAAUCUCUGCAGUUCCGGUUAUGUAAGGCUUCGCUUGAAAAAGAAGUUCUUCAGAUCAAGCGAGAGAGUAGGAGGAAUCAGUAUGAGUUGCGUAAGGUGUUAGAUUCUAACCAGAGACUGAAGAUGGUUUUGCAGCGAAAGACUGUAGAAGCGUCCAUGACUGCUAAACGUCUAAAAGAGCUGUUAGAAUCUCGAAAAGCUUUGUCAAGCAAGACAUCUGGUUCCAGAAAUGGUGCCAGAAAUGGGGAUAAUCCAAGAAUUCAGGGUUUAGAGCAUGAGCUUGAAGAGACAACGCGAUUGAGUGAAUGGUGUUCUGAAUACGAACGUCAAAUUGAAGUAAUGGCUGAGGAGAGUGCUAAGCUAAAGGAAGAAGUAGAGGUGCUGAAGGAAGAAAACUUAAGGUGCUUAUCACAGGAGAAAGAUGUUCGCUCUAUCGAGGAGGAUCCAGACAUACAUGAGCUGAAGGAGCAAGUACUUAGCUUAAACAGUUUGGUCAGGCAAUUAAAGCUACAAAAAGCUGAACUUGAUCAUGGCAAAAAGUCACAGGAUGAUUCAAGUCAUAUCUCUGUCAAUCUUUCAAGAAGUGAUCAGUCAGUGAAGGACACAAGCACAUCAGGAUCAAAACAUUUCAAACCAAGCAAUGUUUCAAGGAACAAGACCACAUCAAGCGUAUGCUGCUCAUGCGGUAAGAGGUCUUUGUGCAAAACGACAAAAUGCAGAUGUCGUCAAAUGGGUGGCAGCUGUGGGACAUCAUGUGGCUGUACAUCUGCCAAGUGCACCAACAGAGAAGCUUUCCAGAUACAGUUGAAUGACUCACCACAGUCCCAGGUUUCUGAAGCCAAAGCUGAUUCUUCAACAAUCGUUGGAGCAGUAAAGAGCACCACAUGUACUUCUCAAGGUGACAUGAUACUUGCAAUACUUGAACAGCCCAAUAUUGGGCAUAACAAGAAACCCUUAUCCGACAUCGGGAACAUACGGCUGCGAUCUACCAGAAAAGCGGAUUAACACUGGAAACGAUGAUUGUUUGUUGUUGAAUUGCGAUAUAAAAUUGAUUUGUUUAUUACACCAUUGAAUUGAAUUGAGAUCCAAGAAACGUAAUCCUCAUGUUAUAGUAGGAUUGGAUGAUAAAUGUUAUUAGUCCAAAC